AUGGAUCCAAGAACGACCUGCGCUCGUGUUCAUCCGGCUGCUUCUCCGGGAUCAUCGGCCGCCCUGGAGAACGACUAUACGUCUCUCAACAACAGCGAACCUGCGUCCGUCACAUCUCUGGCCAUUUCCAAGGACAAUCGAACUGUAUUGGUGGGUGACGCCCGCGGUCGCAUCUAUUCAUGGAGCGUGACGGACGUGACGGGCCGCUCGGUGGCCGACCAUUGGCUCCGCGACGACACGGUCGAAACGUGCACUAAAUGCCGCGUGAAAUUCUCGUUGACCGAGCGCCGACAUCACUGCCGCAACUGCGGACACGUCUUCUGCUCCCGUUGCAGUCGCUACGAGUCUGAAAUUAUGCAAUUGAGGAUCCGCCGGCCGGUGCGGGUGUGUCAGGAGUGCUACGCUUCUUUGAAAAUGUCCAGCGGUGGAACUUCUUAAUUUUCGACUGACUAAAGAUGAAGAAAUGUUUGACUUAA